AUGAUGCAGAAUGGAGACGACGAGCAGGCUUCAGUCCUGUCGACAAAGACAUUGAAGCCAUCGCCAGAUACUUUGACAAAACUUAUCAAACGAUUACGAGCUUUGACAGUGAAAUUACUCCCCGUCGAAGUUGAUGUCAAAAGCAUAAAUGAUGCUACGAGCAGAGUGGUAACUCCCAACGUUGUCUCUGCAUAUAUAGCUGCGGCCGGAGACUUUGGCGAAGCUCUCCCCUAUUGUCUGUUACGUGCUCGAGCAGAAUUCAUGUGGGAUGCAUACUCAAAUCCCGCGGAUUUUGGCGAGAAUCACGGACGGGGGAUUGCAUGUGAGGCAAUCGCUCGUAGGGUCGUGCAUCAAGGCCCUAGCGACAGAUUGGAUGCUAUCAUGUGCACGCGUUUCAAACAUAGAGAGCCUGAUGGCGAUGUCAGUGAACUUUCUAGUGCUCUUGAGGUCGCUAUAGACUCUCAUUGUACUAUAUUCCUAUCCUCCAGUGAAGCUCAAGACGUGGUCAAUUCACUUUGGAGAGGAGAUAUCAUCCAGAGAAAUAACGAGAAUAACGAGAUAACCUACUUUCCCUAUCAUAAAACUCGCGCUCAGGGAUUCUGGAACCGCAUAGACCCUGCUCGCAUUUCUGUGCCUCGAUACCAGAACUCCUUCCGGAUCGUUGUUUGGCUUAUUUUCCUAGUCGUUUUUUCGCAAGCAGUGCGAGAGCCUCUCGAACGCCUCAACUCGGACCAUGCAUCGGUGGACGCAUGGGAAUAUAUUUUGUACAUCAUGGCCCUCGCGUUUUGUUUUGAAGAUAUCCAAAGGUGGUAUAAACUUCUCCGGUUCGCUAGCUAUAGGGCUAUUGGCUUUUGGCAUGUUAUUGCUUUCAUAACCGACUCGUUAUUACUAGCAGCCUUUGUGUUGCGUGUACUGGGCUUAGGAGCCGAUGCUGAUAGGGCCAGUGAGCUUCGACUCACUAGCUUCCAGGUCCUUAGCUGCGUGUCUCCAUUCAUAUGUUUUAUAGAGCUUGUCACGAUAUUCGAUGGUUUCAGGUAUAUUGGUACUAUGCAGAUAUGUGUAGCUCGUAUGCUGCAGGAAUCUGGCAUAUUCUUUGCACUACUAUCUGUACUCGCUCUAGGUUUCUGGCAAGGCCUAUAUGCUUUGGAUGCUGCCGACGGCGAGACUGAGAACGGGCGCGUGAUUGUACAUGUUCUAGUUCAGGCAUUACUUUCGUCUCCUGACUACGCUAAAUUCGCACUAAGCCCUGUUGGCCAACUAUUGUAUUAUUUGUGGAACCUUGUUACUGCGGUCAUUCUUCUCAACGUCCUCAUUUCCCUAUUUUCUUCCGCCUACUCUGACGUGGUAGAGGAUGCAGAAGCUGAAUAUAUGACCUUUUUCGCUGCUAAGACGGUCGCGAUGAUACGGGCCCCCGACUCUUACGUCUAUCCUGCACCGUUCAACCUCAUUGAAACUUUUCUGGUCGCCCCCUUCGAAUUUUUGCCAUUAUUUUCCCUCGAGGCAUAUGCCAGGCUCAAUCGUUUCUUGAUGAGCAUACUGUUUUUCAUUCCCCUCACUGCCAUUGCCCUGUAUGAAACCACCAGCGUGAAAAAUACUUGGAUGGGCAACUGGCUUCAAUCUGCCGAUGCGGGCGAGCAAAUUUUAUCGUGUAACGUUGACCCCGAAGUCGAUGGCGAUGACGCUGAAUAUGGACUCGAGAUCAGCAAGGUACCCUUCGAUGAUUUAGUGAAGAUGCUUCCCGACACGCAGCAGUCGAGUGAGGCAACUAUACUGAAGGAGCUAAAGGAUAUUCAAGAAAGGAUCGACGUUUUAUCCAAGAUGCUUGAAAUAUCUCGAUCCUGA